AAGAUGGCGGUUCUGACAAGCGAAGGGUGGCCGCGCCGGGGGUCGCUGGGGCCGGAGCGGAACCGCCGCGGCUGAGCCCCUGAGCCGCCCUCGAGGCAGGCGCCCGGCCGCCGGGACCCAGGACAUGGUGCGAUCCGCGCCGGGCCGCCGCCGCCGCCGCUGAGCUCGCGGGCCGCGCCGGGCUCGAACGUGGAGCGGGAAGAUGUUUUCCGCGCUCAAGAAGCUGGUGGGGUCGGAGCAGGCUCCGGGCCGCGACAAGAAUAUCCCCGCCGGCCUGCAGUCCAUGAACCAGGCGCUGCAGCGACGCUUCGCCAAAGGCGUGCAGUACAACAUGAAGAUUGUGAUCCGCGGGGACAGGAACACGGGCAAGACCGCGUUGUGGCACCGGCUUCAGGGCAAGAACUUUGUGGAGGAGUACAUCCCCACGCAGGAGAUCCAGGUCACCAGCAUCCACUGGAGCUACAAAACCACUGACGAUAUCGUGAAGGUUGAAGUCUGGGACGUGGUUGACAAAGGGAAGUCCAGGAGGCGAGGGGAUGGCUUGAAGGUGGAGAACGACCCCCAGGAGGUGGAGUCCGAGAUGGCCCUGGACGCCGAGUUCCUGGAUGUGUACAAGAACUGUAACGGCGUGGUCAUGAUGUUCGACAUCACCAAGCAGUGGACCUUCAACUACAUCCUGCGGGAGCUUCCCAAGGUGCCGACGCACGUGCCAGUGUGUGUGCUGGGGAACUACCGCGACAUGGGCGAGCACCGAGUCAUCCUGCCUGAUGACGUGCGUGACUUUAUCGACAACCUGGACAGGCCUCCAGGCUCCUCGUACUUCCGCUACGCCGAGUCCUCCAUGAAGAACAGCUUCGGCCUAAAGUAUCUGCACAAAUUCUUCAAUAUUCCGUUUCUGCAGCUUCAGCGAGAGACACUGCUCCGGCAGCUGGAGACGAACCAGCUGGAUGUGGACGCCACGCUGGAGGAGUUGUCAGUGCAGCAGGAGACGGAGGACCAGAACUACGACAUCUUCCUUGAGAUGAUGGAGGCACGCAGCCGUGGCCACGCGUCCCCGUUGGCAGCCAAUGGGCAGAGCCCAUCCUCAGGCUCCCAGUCUCCAGUGGUGCCUCCCAGCGCCGUGUCCACAGGGAGCUCCAGCCCCAGCACGCCCCAGCCAGCCCCGCAGCUGCCCCUCCACACCACCUCGGCCUGCCCCUGCCCCCCACCCCCCACAGAGGCCCCACUGCCCCCUGCAGCCCCUGCCCCGAGGCGCAGCAUCAUCUCCAGGCUGUUUGGGACCUCACCAGCGGCUGAAGCAGCCCCUUCGCCCCCAGAGCCAGCCCCUGCUGCAGAGGCCCCAGCCAAAGUCCAGAACGUGGAGGAUUUCGUUCCUGAAGAAAGCCUUGACCGAAGCUUCCUGGAUGACGCGGCCCCCCAGGAGGAUGAGAAGAAAGUCGGAGCCAAGAUCCUACAAGACAGUGACAGCGACGGGGAGGUCUCAGGCGGGAACCCGCUGGUGGCAGGUUUCCAGGAUGAUGUGGAUGUUGAAGAUAAGCCACCCAGCAGGCCACUGCUGCCCACAGGCCCCGUCCCCAAGGACAACAUCACUUCUUCCAGUGAGGAGGAAGCACAGGAGGUGGCAGGGCCCCCCAAGGCCACUGUCCUGGCCCCCCAGAAGCACCCAGAGCCAGAGACCAAACGGCCCUCCACAAAGGCCGUGAGGCUACACAGGGACGCAGCUCCCAGGGCGGUGGAGUCCCGCCGACCAGGUGUCCACAGGUCCCCCGCCGAGGACCCCACUGGAGGGCGUGAGCAGGGGAAGGAUGAGCAGGCGGCUUCUUCAGAGAGUGACCCUGAGGGGCCCAUCGCCGCCCAGAUGCUGUCCUUCGUCAUGGACGACCCUGACUUCGAGAGCGACUCGGACCCUCAGCGGAGAGCGGAGGAGUUCCCAGUGCGAGAGGACCUCUCUGAUGGGACGGACGAGGAUGCUGGUCCCGCCCUGCCACCCCAGCCCCCCAAGCCCCCCGUGUCCUCCUUCAGACUGAAGAAUGACUCAGACCUCUUUGGGUUGGGACCGGUGGAAGCAGGCCGCAAGGAGAUCAGCGAUGAAGAUAAGGAGGGUAGGCCUCCCACAAAAGAAAAGAAAAAGAAAAAGAAGAAAAGCAAAGAGGUAGGCGCCCUGCCUCCCACCUCCCACGUGCCCACGGGGCAGCGUGGGGCCCUGGUGCCCCCACAACCUGACGUGCCCCCUUCCCAGGAGGAAGAAAAGGCCGCGAGGAAGAGGAGCAAGCGUAAGAGCAGGGACAGGGAGGAGGGCAGGCAGGAGCGGCGGCGGCGGCCCAGGGCCCCGGAGAGGACGGCGGUGGACGAGCUGGAGGCCUUCCUGGGGGGUGCAGCCCCAGGCGGUCACCUCCUCGGGGGCGGGGACUACGAGGAGCUGUAGGCCUAGCACCGCUGACUGACUGCUGGGGUGCCCCGGAGGGCGACAGGCACACUCCAUGCUGGCGGGGGUGCUGUGGGGAUGGGGCCCACUGUGCAGGGAGGGGGCCUGUGGGCGGGGUUCUGCGGGCAGCCGGCCCCCAGCGCUUCUCAGGGAUGGGACUGAGGCCCAGGAGGCCGCAGGGCUGUUUACAGGGCGGGGCCCGUCCUCGUCACUGGCCUGGCUCCCACUUGCCCCCAGCCCGCUGCACUCGCUGUCCCAGCCCCCCACACCUGAGUGGGCUCCGCUUCCUGCCCCUUCUGGCAUGGGGGGCAGACGCCAGGCAGCACUGGCACCUUUCCCGGGGUUGGCCCUCCCCCGGGGCCCAGGGGCCAGCUCUGCACCUGCGCUGGGCUUGCUGCUGACCAGGCCGGGAGGUCCUCACACACUGUUUGCUCUCGUUUUCCUCCGACGCUCCACUCCGACCAUAAAGCUCUCCUGUUUUACUGUG